UGCCAGUCGCGGCCAAUGGCGCGCGGGGUGAAGGUUGAAAGGUGGAAGGUGGCGCUAGGCCGUGGCGCUGGUUCUCCAGCGCGUGUGCUGGGCUGUCUACCCGUCAUGGAGGCAGUCUUGACUGAGGAGCUUGAUGAAGAGGAACAGCUGGUGAGACGGCAUCGCAAAGAGAAGAAGGAGCUGCAAGCCAAAAUACAGAGUAUGAAGAAUGCUGUUCCCAGGAAUGACAAAAAGAGGAGGAAGCAACUUACAGAAGAUGUUGCUAAGUUAGAAGCAGAAAUGGAACAGAAACAUAGAGAGGAGCUGGAUCAUUUGAAGCUGACUUCUAAAGAGAGUAAAAUAGAUUCUGUUGCUGUCAAUAUUUCAAACUUGGUUCUUGAGAAUCAGCCACUUCGGAUAUCAAAAGCACAAAAGAGACGGGACAAAAAGGCUGCAUUGGAAAAGGAGCGGGAAGAAAGGAUAGCCGAAGCUGAAAUUGAAAACUUAACCGGAGCUAGACAUGUAGAAAGUGAAAAACUUGCUCAAAUAUUGGCAGCUAGACAGUUGGAAAUUAAACAGAUUCCAUCUGAUGGGCACUGUAUGUAUAGAGCCAUUGAAGAUCAGCUGAAAGAGCAGAACGGCGUUCUGACUGUGGCUGCCUUAAGGUGUCAGACUGCUAACUAUAUGCAGAGUCAUGUGGAAGACUUUCUGCCAUUUUUAACAAAUCCUAAUACAGGAGAAAUGUAUACUCCAGAAGAGUUUGGAAAGUAUUGUGAUGAUAUUGUAAACACAGCUGCAUGGGGGGGUCAACUUGAGCUAAGAGCCUUGUCUCACAUUUUACGAACACCAAUAGAGAUAAUACAGGCAGAUUCUCCUCCUAUAGUAGUUGGUGAAGAAUAUCCAGAAGAUCCAUUAAUACUUGUUUAUAUGAGACAUGCAUAUGGCUUAGGAGAACACUACAAUUCUGUUACACGGUUGGUGAACACAGCUACUGAAAAUUGCAGCUAGUCUAUAAAAUGUUGCUAUUAUGUUAGUGUGCUGAUCUGAGUAUUAAUACUAAGUAUUGGAUUAUUUUCAGUGUUUCUGAAAAAACACAACUACCUUAAAUCAGUUUUAUGGCAAAGCUACUAAUAGGUUUUAAAAAAACGUGUCCGAGAGAAACUUUAACCAAUGUCCCCUUAAUGGUGUUUUAAAAACACUUGUAAGUUCUUUGUGAAGAAUAUCAUUUAUAGACCAAGAUGGUACCCUGAUUGUUGAUAUUUUUAUUAAAUAUAAGAUUCUGAACAUUCUAUUCUGUGUUGAAGUUGUUAAAAAAAAUUUUUUUUUCUCCUUAUACCGAAAGCUUUCAGUAACUGUAUCAAUGUAAUUUUUCGUGAAGAAGUGAAAUGACUCAGUCUCUUUGACAUUGCAAUAAUGUGGUGAUGGUGAUAACAAAUAUAAUUAAUGUGUAUAAAUAAUUUGAUUGCAGUAACAUUGCUGUUGAUGGGAUUAAUGCUGUGACUUUUUUUAACAUUUAUCUUUAAUUGGAGGAUAAUUGCUUUAGAACGUUGUGUUGGUUUCUGCCAUAUAACAACAUGAGUCAGCCUUAAGUAUACAUAUAUCCCUUCCCUCCGGAACCUCCCUCCCAUCACUGCCCUUCCCACCCCUUUAGGUUGAUGCUGUGACAUUUUUGUAACCCCAUCAAAGUGCAGCUAAAAAGGUUGCUUUAAUAAAAAUAAAAAUGUCUUUUAUUUGUAUAUAACUUUAAAAGAUGCAGCACAUUAUUGCUUUUCUAAUUCAUUGAUUAUUCUUUGUCAGAAUGGUUGUGACAUCAUUUCUUGAUUAUCUUAACUAUAAAUUUUUAUAUUCUUUGUUGUACUUUCUCCAUCACUACUCAGCUGCUUUGCUUUCCUUGCACCCUUUUCCACUGAGAAAUAAGUUAUUAGCUUCUGUUAUUCUUUAACUUGUGCAAAUUGAAGGAGUAGCAAUUUGUAAAUUUAUAAAAGGGUCCAAGGCCAAAUUUACUUCAAAUUCUUCUUCUUUUCCAAUUUGUCUUAUAAGGUCUCUCUUUUUGCUUCAUUCUCUAGGUUUAGGGAAAGCCUUUGUUACUAUUAUUUUAUUAGCCUUAUUAAUUUCAUCUUUCCUCAAAUAUUUGAAAAUAUUUGUUUCAAAUAUCUGGGAAUUUUUAUGUUAUAUAUAUGGAGAAAGCUGAAAGCCACUAUUGUAAAAUCAGUAUAGUACUUUUCAGUUGAAUGAUUUGUCAGAUCAGAUUUUUAGUUAUUUAUAAAAAUAUUUUAAGAAGAUGGUACACCCAUAUGUACAAAUGUGUGUGAUAAUUUGUUAUGUAAGGGGUUUUAUGAUAAUGAGACCUUUUUGGUUUGAUCUGUUUUUCUCAGAUAAGUAACUAAUAACAUUUUACAUCAAGUGUAUAUAAAGUUUGAAUUUUUUUCUCCAUGAAUGCAGCAAAUUUUUCUGAGUAAAUACUGGGUUUUACGAGCUUCCCCAGUGGCUCAGUGGUAAAGAAUCCACCUGCAAUGCAGGAGGUAUGGAGACCCGUGUUUGAUCCCUGGGUCGGGAAGAUCCCCUGUAAUGGGAAAUGGCAACCCACUCCAGUAAUCUUGCCUGCAAAAUUCCAUGGACGGAGGAGCCUGGUGGGCUGCAUAGUCUGUGGUGUCAACAGAGUUGGACACGACUGAAUAACUAAGUAACAACAACUGGGUUUUAUAACAUAGAAAACAGGGUAUCAGUGUUAUGUAUUCAGCAGGUGACAGUGUGGGGAACUAUUGAGCAGAUAAGUGCUGCAUGAAGGUUUUACAUACUUGCAAAGACUAAGAACCACUCUGCCUGCUAAGCAGAAUAUAUUCUGAAUGCUGCUUGUUUUGUAAUGCUGGAUCUGGAUUUUUUUGCAAAGGAGGGGCAAUGGGUAAUCUGUUAUUUUAAAAUUAAAAGAGAAGCAUUAAGCAAUAAAAUAAGAUAUAGUGAAAUCUAGUUAUUGUAAAUUCCCACUGUACUUAAAGUAUUAUAAAAUAACUUAUGGGCUAUUUUUUUCUAGAAGGGUGAAUAGAAUUUUCUUGAUUAUAGGUAUAUUUUUAAUUUUUAAAUGGCCAAUAUGGUUACGGACAGAAUUUGUAUGUUUCAGCUUCUGUUCUUUUAUAAAACUUGAGAUAAAAAUUAUUUUAGCUGUGACCUAAAAUUAAAGUCUGAAAAAUGGCAUAUGUUAAGUUAAAAGCAGCGUAUACUAGUUUAGUUUGCUGUAUGAUGCUGAUCUCGUAGGAAAAUCUGAUAAGCUUUCUUUUGCCUGACUUAGAAAAGUAUAUGUCAGAGUUCUGGAAUAUGUCUAAUUCAGUGAAUUUUAUCUGCUUAAGUAUGUUUAUAACAUAUAAAGCAAAUAAGGAUGUGUAACUAUAGUUAACAGUACAGUUUUGUUCAUAUUAUCUAAUGUUUGCUAAAAGAAAAAAUAAAAGAUGAAAUAAAUGAG